AUGGCGUCUGCUCUACCUAUGGCCCCGCCUCCCAAGAGCCCCCUUGGCAGGUAUCGACUCCUAUCACCCUCUGCCUCUGUGAGGGUCAGCCCACUAUGCCUGGGUGCCAUGAAUUUUGGCAACGCAUGGAAGGAUUACAUGGGACACUGUGACCAGACCGCCACUGAGAACAUUUUGGAUUUCUUCUAUGAGCAUGGAGGCAACUUCAUCGACACUGCAAACAAUUAUCAAUUUGAGGAAUCCGAGAAGUGGAUUGGGGAAUGGAUGAAGAAGCGUGGCAACCGGGACGAAAUUGUCCUGGCCACCAAGUACAGCACAAAUUACCGCGCCGGCCUGGGAAACAAGCAGAUUAUGGCCAACUUCGCCGGAAACGGAGCAAAGAGCCUCCACGCGUCGGUCGAAGCCAGUUUGAAGAAGCUGCAGACCGAUUAUAUCGACUUGCUCUAUGUGCACUGGUGGGAUUUCUCGACUUCGAUCCCGGAGUUGAUGCAAUCACUCAAUCACCUGGUUCAGGCCGGGAAGAUUCUGUAUCUCGGUGCCAGUGACAUGCCCGCAUGGGUGGUUAGCAAAGCCAACCAGUAUGCCCGGGACCACGGGCUUAGACAGUUCUCUGUCUACCAGGGGCGAUGGUCAGCUGGCAACCGUGACUUUGAGCGCGACAUCAUCCCAAUGGCCCGUGAUGAAGGCAUGGCACUUGCGCCGUGGGGAUCCCUCGGUGGUGGUAACUUCAAGACCGAGGAACAGCGCAAGGCACAGGAGGGCCGGAAGGUCAAGCCCACCGACGCGCAGAUCAAGAUCAGCGAUGCUUUGGAAGCAGUGGCAAAGCGCAAGAACACCAUCAUCACCAGCGUGGCAUUGGCCUAUGUCAUGCACAAGACACCCUAUGUCUUCCCCAUCGUCGGUGGCCGGACCAUUGACCACCUGAAGCAGAACAUCGAGGCCCUGGCCCUAGAGCUGACAGAGAAGGACAUCGAGGAGAUUGAGAAUGCGGUGCCUUUCGACAUCGGCUUCCCCAACAAUUUCUACUAUGGUGAGAAGAUGGCAACACACCCGAACCAUGUCUGGAUCAUGGGAAUGGCUGGGACCUUCGAUUACGUCCCUCUGCCGAAGCCAAUCGCGCCAACGAAGAGUGGAGAGUAUCCCCUUCCGGGACCGCCCAGGUAG